GCAAGCCAUUCAACUUCCUGAUAUCGUGGGAAGAUCAACGAACUCCACCACACUCUUCGCUUGCCCAUCAUCCCAUCACGAUGUCGGAAAAGGCCCACACGGUCCCCUCGCUGGACCAAGAGGCGCUGGAGUCGCACUCUGACUCCGCGUCUCCGGAGCCUGAGGCAUUUGCCCCCACGCCCAAGGCCCGCAACCCCAUCACCUGGGUCCUUAUUGUCAUGGCCAUCCAGUCCAGUGUGUUCCUCUUCGCCCUCGACAACACCAUCACAGCCGAUGUCAUUCCCGCUGUCAUUGGACGAUUUGGAGGUGCGGACAAGAUUGCAUGGCUCUCUGUGGCCUUUACCAUGGGUGGUGUCAGCGCGGUGCUUCCAUUUAGUCGCCUCUAUGCCCUCUUCGAGGCGAAGAAGCUCUACCUUACGUCCGUGACCCUGUUCCUGGUCGGCUCAGCCCUCUGCGGUGGCGCUCCAAGCAUUAAUGCCUUCAUCGUGGGCCGCGUUAUCGCCGGUGUCGGUGGUAUCGGCAUGUACCUGGGCGUCAUGACGCUGCUGUCGGUCAACACAAGCCCCACGACGCGUCCGAUGUAUCUCGGUCUAGUGGGAUUGAUCUUCGGUAUUGGCAACGUCGUGGGUCCCGUCAUCGGUGGUGCCUUUACCGACUCCAGUGCGACCUGGCGGUGGGGUUUCUACAUGAACCUGUGCAUCAUUGGCGUCAUGACGCCGGUUUACAUCUUCCUCAUCCCUGUCUUCCAUCCUACGAAGGGCCGAACCGUCGGCGCCCGCAUCGCGGAGAUCGACUUCGCUGGAAUUGUCCUCAGCAUUGGAGCCGUCGUGUGCUUGAUCAUGGGUAUCAACUUUGGCGGCACGCUUUACGACUGGAACAGCGCAUCGACCAUCGUCCUGUUCGUCGUCUCGGGCGUUCUAUUCAUUGUCUUCGCGGUGCAACAGGGUCUGGCUCUCCUGACAACCAAAGAGAACCGGCUCUUCCCUGUUGUCUUCCUGUGGAACAAAGAGGCCAUGUUGCUCUUCGUUUUGACAUCCACCUUCAACGCGGCCGGCUUCAUUCCCAUCUACUACAUCCCGUCUUACUUCCAGUUCACGCGCGGCGAUAGCGCCCUGGACUCCGGAGUCCGGCUUCUCCCCCUGAUCAUUUUGAUUAGUUUCACCAUCAUGUGCAACGGUGGCUACCUCUCUAAGGGUGGCUACUACAUGCCAUGGUAUGUGUUUGGCAGCGUUCUGACCCUGAUUGGCGGAGUCCUAUUCUCACGAGUCAACGUCAACACGUCCACCUCUGCCAUCUACGGAUACGAAGUGUUGAUUGGUAUCGGGGCGGGAUGUGGUAUGCAGACAGGCUUUGCUGUCAUCCAAAGUAUCACCAAGCCCGAGCUGAUGGCGCACGGUAUCGGGUUCAUCAUGAUCGCCCAACUCCUGAGUGUCUCCCUCGCCCUCUCCAUCGCCGGUACAGUCUACCUGAACCUGGCUAUCGACAAUUUCCAAGACCUGCUGCCCGGCACGUCUAAGACCCAGAUCCAGGGCGCCUUGCAGGGCUUGAGCGGCAGUUUCUUGGACUCGUUGAGCGCAGAGCAGAAGUCCAAGGCUCUUGUCAUCAUGGUUAACUCCCUUUCUAAAGUAUACGUCCCGGUCUACGCGGGAUCCGCUCUGGGCAUUGUCGCCGCGAUCUUUCUCAGCAGAAAGAAGAUGAACCCUGCCAUGUCGAUGUAAAUGAUCGCCUCGCCACCUUUCGACGGUCAUGUGGCAAAGACCCUGGCUCUUCCUCGGUGGUCUUACAUCCUCUAGCCCUCCCUUUAACACUGGUGGCCUCCGGAAUAGCAAACAGGAUAUCCUGUGACAUUGCAUCCGAGUAUGACUCCAACAGGGAAGGCUGUGGUCCAUCCACGCAGAAUCGGAUCUGUGUCCGCCUGUGAUGCGGACUAGACGACCACGCAUUCCUUUAUUUUCAGCGGCAUCGCGGCUCGGGUGGUUGCUUUGCUGGCUCGCAG